CCUCAAAAAAAAAAAAACAAGGGUUGUUAGUUGGUUGAAUCUUGGUUUAGUGGCCCAAAUAUAAUAACCCAAUCUCUUCUCCGCCGCUCUCUUUCUUCCUUACUUCAACACCAUAUCUUAGGGUUUCUCCUCCUCUCUACCUCCAAUGGGAAAGGGAACUGGGAGUUUUGGUAAACGAAGGAACAAGACCCACACGCUCUGCGUCAGAUGUGGCCGCCGCAGCUUCCACCUCCAGAAGAGCCGUUGCUCUGCCUGUGCUUUCCCCGCUGCCCGUAAGAGGACAUAUAACUGGAGUGUGAAGGCUAUCCGAAGAAAGACAACUGGCACUGGUAGGAUGAGGUAUCUUCGCCACGUUCCACGCAGGUUCAAGACGGGUUUCAGGGAAGGUACUGAAGCAGCACCAAGGAAGAAGGUUGCAGCAGCUUUUGCUUAAAAGGCAAAUUGUAAUGGUAUGAGGUUUUGUUUUGGAUGAAGCCAUGUUUAUGAGGAAACAUUUAGUGAUGAAGAGUGAAAUUAUGUUCCAUUGGAUGCUUUAGUUAUUUAGUUUCUAUUUGAAUGUAGCUGUCUUAAAUUUUGAACAAUUAUUGGAGCUAAUGUUUGACCCUUAA